CUAAAGAACAAGGAAAUCUACUGCAUCUCGCCGUCCACAAUCAACACUUGUGGUGCAAUUAAUGUUGUAAGUGAUGUUUGUUUCGACAAAACCGGCACUUUGACUGAAGAUGGACUAGAUUUUCAUGUCCUUAGAGGAGUCACAGAAGCUACUGCGUCAAAUGUACCUAACUUCACCACUGAGAGCAGCCGCAUGAACCGUGAUGAAUUGCCUCAAAGAGGAGAACUUGUUACUGCCAUUGCAACCUGUCAUUCUCUUACAAGAAUUAACGGUGUUCUGCAUGGAGACCCGUUAGAUCUGAUACUCUUUCAACAGACUGGUUGGGUCCUUGAAGAAGCCGGUGCUGACGAGUCUGAUCAUGACGAAACUGAAAUGUAUGACAUGAUUCAGCCCACUGUCAUAAAGCCACCUAUAGAUAUGAACAAGGGAGAUGAGGAAUAUUCCAUCAUUCGCCAGUUUACAUUCAGCUCUUCCGUAGAAAAAAAGUUUAGUUCUUCGCUGCAAAGAAUGUCCGUGAUUGUCUUCAACCCAUCCAGUAGUGACCGCACUAUGACCUUAUAUUGCAAAGGAUCACCUGAAAUGGUGCAAUCAUUAUGUGAUCCGAAAAGCAUUCCACAUGACUACUCCGCUGUUGUCAACGAAUAUGCGCAACAUGGAUUUCGCCUCAUUGCAGUUGCUCGCAAAACACUGAAUCUCAACUUUAACAAAGCUGCCAAAGUUCCAAGAUCAAAGGUCAGAUGGUUUGCAUUGCUGAUUGCCGCUGUUCUCUUUUUAUAA